UUGGAUGUGCUACGUGUCCAACAAGACUUCGACGGUCGGCACCGACUGAAAACCUCGCCGUCUCCGCCGGUACUGCCUACCGAGCUAGGUCUACUGUACAUCCUCCGAAAUACACGGGAAGUGUGUCAAUAGCACUGGUCAUACAACGACCUGGAGAACAUGUCCGGGACCAAAAAACAGAGAACAGACCUACAGAGGGCCACCAACGUGGUGUACCAGGCCCACCAUGUGAGCCGCAGCAAGAGGGGCCAGGUGGUGGGCACCCGGAGGGGCUUCCGCGGCUGCACCGUCUGGCUGACAGGGUUGUCGGGCGCCGGCAAGACCACCAUCGGCUUCGCCCUGGAGGAGUACCUGGUGUCGAACGCCAUCCCCUGCUACUCGCUGGACGGCGAUAACAUCCGGCAGGGCCUGAACAAGAACCUGGGCUUCAGCGCCGAGGACCGCGAGGAGAACAUCCGACGCAUCGCCGAGGUGGCCAAGCUCUUCGCCGACGCCGGCCUGGUCUGCAUCACCAGCUUCAUCUCGCCCUUCACCAAGGACCGAGACGAGGCCAGGAAGAUCCACCAGAACUCUGGGCUGCCCUUCUUUGAGGUGUUCCUCAACGCCCCUCUGGAGGUGUGCGAGAGCAGAGACGUCAAGGGCCUAUACAAGAGGGCCCGAGCCGGAGAGAUCAAAGGCUUCACAGGUAUCGACUCGGGCUACGAGAAACCUGAGACCCCGGAUCUGGUGCUGAAGACCGGGGAGCUCACCAUCAACGAGUGCAUUGAGCAAGUGGUGGAGUUGCUGAAGACCCAUGACAUUGUGCCCUCUGGCGUGACCGAGGAUGUGAUUGAGCUGUUCCUGGAUGAGAACAAGCUGGACCUGGCAAUCAGCGAUGCCAACACGCUGCCCAUCGUCAAAAUCAACAAGCUGGACCUCCAGUGGGUGCAGGUGCUGGGUGAGGGCUGGGCGACCCCCCUCAAAGGCUUCAUGAGGGAGCACGAGUACCUGCAGGCCCUUCACUUCAGCACCCUGUUCGAUGGUGGCACGAUCAACCUGUCUGUACCCAUCGUUCUGCCUGUGUCCACGGAGGACAAGGAGCGUCUGGACGGCUGUGCUGCCUUCGCCCUGGAGUUCAGAGGUCGGCGGGUGGCCAUCCUGCGCAACCCCGAGUUUUACGAGCACCGUAAGGAGGAACGCUGCGCCAGACAGUGGGGCACCACCUGUCCCCAGCACCCCUACAUCAAGAUGGUGAUGGACAGUGGUGAUUGGCUAGUUGGUGGUGAUCUGGAGGUGCUGGAGCGAAUCAAGUGGGACGAUGGGCUGGACCAAUACCGCCUGACCCCGAAAGAGCUGAGGCAGAGGUUCAAGGACAUGAAAGCCGACGCCAUCUUCGCCUUCCAGCUGCGCAACCCGGUGCACAACGGCCACGCGCUGCUGAUGCAGGACACGCGGCGGCGGCUGCUGGAGCGCGGCUACAAGCACCCGGUGCUGCUGCUGCACCCGCUGGGCGGCUGGACCAAGGAGGACGACGUGCCCCUGGACUGGCGCAUGAAGCAGCACGCCGCCGUGCUGGAGGAGGGCAUCCUGGACCCGGCGAGCACCCUGGUAGCCAUCUUCCCCUCGCCCAUGAUGUACGCCGGGCCCACAGAGGUGCAGUGGCACUGCAGGGCGCGCAUGAUCGCCGGCGCCCACUUCUACAUCGUGGGCCGCGACCCGGCCGGCAUGCCGCACCCCGAGACCAAGCAGGACCUGUACGAGCCCUCGCAUGGGGCCAAGGUGCUCAGCAUGGCGCCCGGACUCACCUCCGUGGAGAUCAUCCCCUUCCGCGUGGCCGCCUACAACAAGGUCAAGAAGGCCAUGGACUUCUACGAGAAGGACCGCCAUGAGGAGUUUGAGUUCAUCUCGGGGACCAAGAUGCGGCGGCUGGCCAGGAGCGGAGAGAACCCUCCGGACGGCUUCAUGGCCCCCAAGGCCUGGAAAGUCCUCACCGAAUACUACGGUUCCCUCCAGAAGGACCAGUGAAGGGGGGGGCCCGCCUAGGGGCCCAGGACCCGGGACCUCCAUGCAUGUAGCUCUGGUCCCAAAAGCUAUGUUCAGACAGACAGACAAACCGACCGAAAGACAAACCGACAGACAGGGUUUCUUGUGUGCAACACUUCCGAGAUGUGGCUGCUUUUUUUUUGCAUCCAUUAACCCUCCCCUACUAGUAUUUUUUCUUUAGCCUCCGCCUCCCGCCUUUCGGAAGAGGAAUCGUACUGUUAUCUUCAAGCACUCCAUGUUAAUUUAAUUUCAACACCUCAUUUGUCCCAUUUUCUGAGCCUUUGAGGAAUUCCUGUCCGGGGGCCUAUACUAAGAAGCCGGUUCAGGAGUAA